AUGAAUUAAUCGAUUUAACACGAAAGGGUUAUUAAAUAAAAACCUAGCCUAAAGAUACAAACUAAAGACAUUAAAGCAAGCAAUCAAUUGAUAGAAGAAAUAAACAAUUUGAAAUUAAUAUAUCAGGAUAAAAUCAUAGGAAUUCCACCAGAGAUUGGAUAUGUAAAAGCUAUUUAAAUUACAAUUUAUCCUGAGGAAAUACUUGAUGAAAGUGAAGCAUAAGCUAUGGCUGUAUUGGGGUUACAUUUUCCAUAAUCUUACCCUGAUCAUGUUCCAAAAAUUGAUUUUAUAUAAUUAGAGGGUUUUAAUGAUAUUUAGAAAGAAGAACUAUUUUCUGAUUUAUUUGAGACUGGAUUAAAUUAAGCAGGCCAAUAAAUAAUAUUUUCUAUUGUUGUGCAGGUUAUAAAAAUGCAUUAUUUUAUAGUGUUAAAAGUAGGUGACUUCAAAGCAUUAACACAACUACAAUGAAAAAAUCAACACAAGAAAUUUAUAUGAUAUCUUUAUGUAAGAGGAGAAAAAGAGAGAAAAAUAAAAAAAAUUACUUACUAAGUCAAGUUAAAUAAUAGAAGAAAAAGAGAAUACUAAGAAUGCUUCAAUAUAAGAUGAAUUUCGAUUAAGAUAAGAUUGGUUAGAUUAAUAGAAUAAUGCACCAGAGACAGAGCCUUCAGAGCCAUUUUUACAGAAAAGUCCAAAGGUUUAUGCUUGGCAAUAACUAUCAGGAAUGGAAUUAUUAUUAAUUCAUUUAAUUAAGGUUAAUGAAAUUAUUAUUUUAGAUAGUUCAAAAAAAUUAUCAUUAUUAAAACUAUAAAUAGUUGGUCACUCUAUUAAAUCUGUUUUAAAUUACCACAAACAAAGAAUUGCUAAAAUUAUUAUCACCAAAAUAUGAAGUUAUUUUUAACAAUUUGUAUUUCAAUAAAUUUGAUACAAUAGCUAAAAAUGUAUAAACUGAUUUAUAUUAGGAAUAAGAAAGAAUAGAUUUUAAAAUGGCUGAAAUCUUUUAGAUGCAUAAAAUUUAAGAUAAGAAUCUAACUGAUAGAACUAAUUUGAUGAAUUUAUUGUUUACUCCUUAUAGUAAAUCUUCAUCAAAAUUAUCUAAUAUAAGCAAUAAUGCAAAAGUAUUAGAGGAGUAACAUUAAUAAUUAUCUCAUUCUCCUAAAACAAAAUUAACUUUAAUUAAGGAACCAUCUUUUAAUAGAAUGGAAGCAGAUUUUGAAAUAGUAACAACAUUAGGAAAAGGAUCUUUGUAAGAAUAUUUAAUUAAAUUUAAGUGGUGAAGUUUUUAAAGUUAAAAAUAAAAUUGAUGGUAGAUUUUAUGCUGUCAAAAAAAUAAAAAUUCCAUAUGGACAAGGUUUGGCAAGGAUAAUGAGAGAAGUAGAUUUAUUGAGUCAUCUUCAUCAUAGAUAUGUUAUAAGAUAUUAUUAAGCAUGGAUUGAUGAAUGCGAUAAAACAUAAGAAGAUUUAGAAAUAAAUGAAGAGUAUAAUUAAAUUGUAUUUUUUAGCGAUUCUGAGAUCUAAUUAGUUAGUGGAUUCACAUAGUAAUCAGAUAGUUAAUUUAAAUUUAAUGCUUCUAGUUUAGGUAGUGGAAUAUAUUAAGCUGAUAAUCCACUUGUUAAAAAUGAAAAAAAAAUACUUGUUUUAUAUAUUCAAACUGAAUAUUGUACAAGAACAUUGAGAAAGUAAAUUGAAGAAGUUUAUCCAAAAUCUGAGUAAUCAUUCAUUUGGAAUCAAUUUCGAUAGAUUCUCGAAGGAAUGGUGUAUACUCAUUAAUAAAAAAUAGUUCAUAGAGAUUUAAAACCAGAAAAUAUUUUUAUUGAUACAACAGAAGAUAUUAAAAUUGGAGACUUUGGAUUGGCUAAACAUACAUCUAAAAAUUCUCAUUCAAUUGUAUAUAGCAAUUCAAUUGAGAAUACAAAUGAAAUUCCAGAAAUAUUAAAUUUUAUUACUUAACAACCAUCUUUAAAGAAAGAAGAUUAAGAAUUAUUAGAUAAAACAUUAAAUGUAGGAACUUAUUUUUAUUGUCCACCAAAUAAUGAAUAAGAAUUUGAUGAGAAAAGAGAUGUUUUUGCAUUAGGUGUAAUUUUAUUGGAAAUGUGGCAUCCAUUUCAAAAUCAUAAAGAAAGAGUUAAAACACUUUCUUAAUUGAAAUAAAAUGGAAAAUUACCAAAAUCUUUUUAAGAUUCUCAUCCUCGAUAAUCUGCUUUAAUAAAGUGGAUGACUAAUUAAGAUCCAAAAAAAAGACCUACAAUUCAAGAAAUACUUCAUAGUGAAUUAAUUCCACCUAAAAUGGAAGAUGAAUAUUUAAAAGAAGCUAUCAAGAUUUUAGGAACUUAAGAUAAUGAAAGUAUUUACUACUAGAAAUUAAUUGAGGCAUUAUUCAACAAUAAAAGAUUAAACUAUUUAGAUAGAGAUAGACUUUAUUUAUAACAUAGUAUCAAUUAGAAAUUUUAUGUAAAAUAAUACUAUAUGCCUAAAAUUUUACAAUUUAUGUAUCAUUAAUGUAUUGUUUAAAUAUAAACUCCUUAUAUCAUUAAUAAACCUAAAGAUGUUGAUAAGAAUGGAACAUUUCUAUAUAGUUAACAUCAGCAACCAAUAUAGAUGAUGAAUUAGAAUGGUGAAAUUGUUUUCUUUAGACACUAAUUAAGAAAUUCAUUUGUUAAAUAACUUCAAUUAUUGAACAAUAAAUUGCAAUAAGGCAAGUCAAUUUAAUGUUUUGAAAUAGGAGAAACGAUGAUUUCAGAAUUAGAUCAAAUUAAAGUUCAAAAUUAAUUGAAUUAUGAUUAGAUUUAAUUUAAUGAUGAUGAUGGAUUAGUGUCAACAAUUAUUUUAUCAAUUUAAAUGAUGGAUUAAUUGAAUUUAGAAGUACCAAAACUUAAAUUAAGUAACUAAGAAUUCAUAAUUGAUUUGUUAUUUGCAUUAAAUGUUUAUGAUUUUGAUUCCUAAAAACAGAUAUGUUAAUAUAUGGCAAAAGUAGCUUCAUAUAAUUAGUUUAAUGCAAGUAAAUUGAGAUAUUUUAUUUUAAAUGAUUAAGAAAAUUCAGUUGCUAAAUUAAUUCAAGAAAAAUACUUAGAUAAAUUGGAUAAACUCAUUCUACUAUUUUAAUAUAAAUGCAAAAUAUAGGAUAUUAAUAUUGUUGAAGUUCUAUAACUAUAAAAUAAUGAAGAUCUAAAAUGGAAGUAAAAUAAAAUGAUAGAAUUUGGAAAGAAAAUCUAUUAAUAAUUGCAUUGUUAUAGAAAAAUUAGAGAAUAAAUGAAUCCUUAAUGUUAUAAUUAUGAAAUUCCAAUAUUGUUUGAUUGUUCAAUCAAUAAUAAAAAAUAUGGAUUCAACUAUGGAUUUCAUUAUGAAUUAACUUGCUUGAAAUUAAAAUCUAAAGGAGAAUUUGUUCAACUUCCAAUUUUGUUUGGAGGAUCAUAUGAAAAAAGUUGUAAAAAAUUAUAAACAUUAUGCUCGAUUAUAAUGGAUGUUCCUCAAUAAAAAAUAGAAAUUAAUCUAAAUCAUUUUGGGGGAACUUCUACAUAAUUAUCAAGAUCUAAUUCUAUAAUAAGGUAUAAUACAAAUUACAAAAUAAUAGUUAAAAAGAAUUACCUUUAUCUAAAGUUUAGAGUAAUAUAUUGAAAGAAGGAGCAAGGCUAUCUUAGGUCUGUAAUAAAAAAGUAGAGAUUAAUGGUUUUACCCUUGAAUUAGAUGUUUUAGAGGAAAUUUUUUCAGUUUACCAAGAAUAACCUAAUUCAUUAUUAUUUAAAUACUCUGUUUUGAUUUGUUCAGUAUAAUAAAUUAAUAUAUUAUAGAUUGGAGGAAAUCUUUAGGAUGCUAAAAGAAUGUAUUUGUAGGCCUGUCAUUAUUUAGAUAUAUCAGCUAUGAUUUAUAAUGAUGAUGAAACUUGUUAAUUAGAAGAAUGUGUAUUUAUAUAAGUGUCUAUUUAGAUUACAUUUGCUGAUCGUCAUGAUAUUAAAUUUAUAGUAUUUAUAAGAGAUAAAUUGUUUCAAUAAAAACAGAAAGUUAUUGUUAGGUAUAAGAAAGAUAAGAAUAAUAAGGUGGAUAAGGAAGUUUCAUUUGAUGAGUUUAUUUAAUUUAUGGUAAAACAUAAAUGA